AUGGCAACAGAGGAGUUUGAGACUGGGCCAUCACGACUUCGUGGCGGUGGCGGCGGAAAUUCGAUGAUCGGUGGUGGUAGUGACGAUGAUGGCAUGGAGCCUACCACAGGGCUAUGGAUACCUGAAGAACGAGGCGAUGCAAUAGCAAUCACACUCGGAGGAACGUUUAUACAUUCGUUGCCGAUGGUGACGCGGUGUGAAGAGCCACGACGAUGCGACGCCGUUCGGGAUCGCUCCAACUGCUUGUCCACCUAA